AUGCAGGAUCAGCGGCGAGUGGUUUUAGCACUUCUGCCUAAGCGACCUUCUUCUGCAUGCGGCUCUGCAGCAGCAGGAGAUAUUGGUCGAGCACGAUCGCCACUCGGCACAUUCAAAACAUCUGCUUCACAAGGCCAGACUGGCAUUGGACAUUGUGGCAGCAUUCGACGCUCUCCUGAAUUGUCUGAUGACUCACUCGAGGAGCCUAUUAGUGCUGGUGUACGUCGCCAAAGGACAUACUCUGAUGCUGGCCUGGGCGAUCCAACUGUGCUGACACCCUCACGUGCAAAACGACUCAAGACAUAUGCAAAGAAAGUGGCUGAGGAGAAUGAUGUUCCAGAACGGGGUCUUUUUGACUUCAUUGAUACCAGUGGAAUAUAUUAUAUGCUUAUUGAUCUUAAAGUAUGCAUGAUGAAAAUGGACUCGACUCGAAAGGCUGCUAUGCUUGCUGAUGUCAAAGAGUUGUUAAACUCGAAGGACUUCAAGUCUGGCCUCCAAAAUCGUCUGACUGCAUGUCUCCUGUCACCCAACCUGACUGCAUAUAAGACGGACGCGCUCCCAAACAUCUCGACCUUUAUUAAGGAAAACAGCAGCAUCUUCAAGGUUCCUUCAUCACUAUUCGAGGAUGUAGAGCUCAGCGCAAUAUUCGCAACAACCGUUAGCGAUCUUCUUUCAUCAAUCCGAGGUGGAAUGAAGUCCAAGUUGCUCUCAUCUAUCCAAAAACACCUGAGCAUAAUGGACACAUCAAAAUCGCUUGCUCACGGCUGUAUAGAGGUUGACGCCGCUCAUUGGAAUAGGGUCGCUUUUUUGCGGUGCUGCUUGCAUGUCUUCAUGAUUGGUAUCAGUGACCACAAGACUCUUUCGCUCAAGGCUCUCUACUCGGACUCACUCAUACCAUCUCUCCACUCAGCUAUCCGUGCUAGAAUCGGACCACAGCUCGGCAUUGACAUCAACAGCAUCGAGCGUGAGUUGUAUGGUGAUGAGGCGGAUCAUGAUGGUAUACCACUGGAUAGCACAUCGGUGACCAAUGAACAUGGGGAAACCCAAGGUACAUGUGCUACAGAUGACAAUGGUGAUUUCGCUGGGACUGACAGCUUGGAUGAGCACUUGGGCCGGCCGCUUCACCCAGACAACUCUGGCUUUGGGGACAACGGUAGGCCUAUCAUUUUCAGCACGGGAAAAUUUUGGGACUUUGUCGACAUUUCACUCGAAAAUGUUCGCAAAAUUGCCAAGGAGGAGGCGGCGGCUGAUCAGAGUGGAAAUACAGGAUACGAAACCGCAUUUCAGCAAAUCCAGGUGGAAUAUUUCCAGCAGGACCUUGCUGAAUUUCCUGGCAACAUGGUUAUUCCUAAACUUCUCGCAAGCAACACCCCUCAGUGGCAGACUACCAUCCAGAAUAAGCUUCUGUGGAACGAGGAUCAGUGA